UUUUGUUUCUAUCUGUGCACUAUAAGUCUAUAAGUCUAUAAUUUAUUGUUUAAAGUUGAUAAAUAUAGAUAUUUUCUUUUUAACAAAUUAAAAAUUUUAAAAUAUUAUGUCUACACUUCGAAUUGGAUUAAUUAGCACAACAAUAAAUAGAGCAAUUGCAUUAUGUGAUACUAGUAUUUACGGUAGUGUACACAAACAAUUUGAAUUUGUAAAACAAACAAUUCUUGCUGAUAAUUCUCUUACAAAUGAUGAAAAAACCGAAGCAAUAAGAUUAUUUAAUAAAGAUUGUGAUCGAGAAAAAAUUCUUCGUAAUGAAGGGACAAGAAGAAUUUGUGAAACUUGUAACCAAAAAUGUUUGGCUACAUUAUAUUGUGAAUAUUGUGUCCGAAAUUAUUUAAAAACAAAAUUUUCAAGUUGGAAAUCUGGAAAUAAUGAUAUUGAUAAUUUAAUACAAAAAUGUCAAUCAGAAACACUCAUGCCAAAUAGUGUAAUUGAAUGGAUUCCAUAUAAUAAUUUACAAAAUAUUGAAUAUCUAGCCAAAGGUGGAUUUGCUAAAAUUUAUACAGCAACUUGGAUUGAUGGAAAAUAUAAAGAAUGGGAUUCUGAGAAUCAACAAUUACAAAGAUUUGAAAAUUUUGAUGUAAUACUAAAAGAAUUAGAAAAUAUUGAAAAUGCAAGUCAAAAUUGGUUUGAAGAGGCUAAAUCACAUUUAACUAUAAGUAAUA